GGGAGUCUUUCCAGCUGUCCAACAGCAGCCAGGCCCCCAGCCAGAAUGGGAGCAAUGCCGAGACCACCCCAGCCACAAGCCUCACCUUCUCCUCCUACUACCAGCACUCCUCCCCAGUGGCCGCCAUGUUCAUUGUGGCCUACGUGCUCAUCUUCCUCCUCUGCAUGGUGGGCAACACCCUGGUCUGCUUCGUCGUGCUCAAGAACCGGCGCAUGCGCACCGUCACCAACAUGUUCAUCCUCAACCUGGCCGUCAGCGACCUGUUGGUGGGCAUCUUCUGCAUGCCCACCACCCUUGUGGACAACCUCAUCACGGGGUGGCCCUUUGACAACGCCACAUGCAAGAUGAGCGGCUUGGUGCAGGGCAUGUCCGUGUCGGCUUCCGUUUUCACACUGGUGGCCAUUGCCGUGGAAAGGUUCCGCUACAUCGUGCACCCUUUUCGUGAGAAGCUGACUCUGCGGAAGGCGCUGGUCACCAUCGCGGUCAUCUGGGCCCUGGCCCUUCUCAUCAUGUGCCCCUCGGCCGUCACGCUGACCGUCACGCGCGAGGAGCACCACUUCAUGGUGGACGCCCGCAACCGCUCGUACCCCCUCUACUCGUGCUGGGAGGCCUGGCCUGAGAAGGGCAUGCGCAAGGUCUACACGACCGUGCUCUUCUCGCACAUCUACUUGGCGCCGCUGGCGCUGAUCGUGGUCAUGUAUGCCCGCAUCGCCCGCAAGCUGUGCAAGGCCCAGGGCCCUGCGCGCGCCGGCGAGGAGGCGGCCGCGGAGGGCGGCCGGGGGGCGCGGCGCAGAGCCCGGGUGGUGCACAUGCUGGUCAUGGUGGCGCUCUUCUUCACGCUGUCCUGGCUGCCGCUCUGGGUGCUGCUGCUGCUCAUCGACUACGGGCAGCUGAGCGAGCCGCAGCUGCACCUGGUCACCGUCUACGCCUUCCCCUUCGCCCACUGGCUGGCCUUUUUCAACAGCAGCGCCAACCCCAUCAUCUACGGCUACUUCAACGAGAACUUCCGCCGCGGCUUCCAGGCUGCCUUCCGCGCCCAGCUCUGCCCGCGUCCGUGGGGGCGCCACCCCGAGGCCUACUCUCAGCAGCCCAGUGGGCUCCUGCGCACUCGGAUCUUCGUGGAGGUGCAGCCUAGCGACUCGGGCCUGCCCUCCCAGUCAGGCCUGAGCAGUGGGGCCUCCAGGCCUGGACGCCUCCCACUGCGCCAUGGCCGCGUGGCCCACCAUGGCUUGGCCGCCGAGGGUCCCGGCUGCUCCCAUCUGCCCCUCACCAUACCGGCCUGGGAUAUUUGA